AUGGCCUCUCGCCCCACUGUCAGCGUGCAUGCCGUCGGAGGCGAGGCAUCGAGCUCUCUCACCCUCCCUGCAGUCCUUACCGCCCCUAUCCGUUUGGAUGUUGUUCAUCAAGUGCACAAAAGCAUUGCAAAGAACAAGCGCCAGCCACAUGCUGUGAGCGCAAAAGCCGGCGAGCAGACUAGCGCAGAGUCUUGGGGUACUGGUCGUGCCGUUGCCCGUAUUCCUCGUGUUGGUGGUGCUGGUACUCACCGCGCUGGUCAGGGUGCAUUCGGUAACAUGUGCCGUGGUGGUCGUAUGUUCGCCCCCACCAAAAUUUGGCGCAAAUGGCAUGUUAGGGUCAACCAUAACGAGCGCCGUUAUGCUGCCAUCUCUGCCCUAGCUGCUACCGCUCUCCCUUCGCUUGUACUUGCCCGUGGCCACCGUGUUGAAGGCGUCGAUGAGAUUCCUCUUGUCGUUUCUGCUGAUGUUGAGAAUUUCAAGAAGACGAAACAAGCCGUUGCUCUCCUCAAAGCUCUGGGUGCUCACCGUGACGUCGUCAAGGUCUCUAAGUCCCGUACAACGCACCCUGGUAAGGGUAAAUGGCGUAACCGUAGGUACAAACAACGCCGUGGCCCUCUCAUCGUCUACGGAAAUGAUGAGGGUAUCUCGAAGGCAUUCCGUAAUUUGCCUGGAGUCGAGGUUGCAAAUGUCAGGAGAUUGAACCUGCUUCAGCUAGCUCCUGGUGGUCACCUUGGUCGUUUCGUCAUCUGGACUGAGACUGCUUUUGGUCUCCUUGACGAGAUCUACGGUACCUUCGACAAGCGCUCCGCUCACAAGCGCGAUUAUAUCCUUCCUUCUGCCAAGAUUUCCAACCCUGACAUUACGCGUGUGAUCAACUCGGACGAAAUUCAGUCCGUUCUUCGCCGGAAGAGGGCACCCCCAGCUCGCCGUGUGAAGAGGAAAAACGCUCUCAAAAACAAGACGGCUCUCUAUAGACUCAAUCCUUACGCCAAAGUUCUCGACAAAAAGGCGAAGGCUCUCAGAAAAGAAAUUGCGGAGGCCAAAGUAAAAGGGACCUAUAAGCCUAAGGAGGCAGAGCCAGACGUUGUUCAUGAAUCGAUUACAGAGACGCUCUUUGCUCCUUGAGACUUUUCAUGAUUGCACUAUGAUGAUAUUGCUUAUGUGCUACGGGGAUCCUACUGAAUCUAUGCA